AUGCCUGUGUUCUCUCUCUUGCCGAAGGAGAAUAGCGGUUCUCACUGUCUUGCUGCAUCUCCCUCUCUUUCCUCUCCUUGCCCUGCCACACUCCCUCCCCUCUCUGGGGCGGAAUACAGCAAGGCUUCCUCGCUCGCACUAAGGCACCUGCGAUGCCUGUGUUCUCUCGUGUGCCGUAUCGUUAUCUCGUGUGCCGUAUCGUUCUCUCGUCUGCCGUAUCGUUCUCUCGUGUGCCGUAUCGUUCUCUCGUCUGCCGUAUCGUUCUCUCGUGUGCCGUAUCGUUCUCUAGUCUGCUGUAUCGUUCUCUCGUGUGCCGUAUCAUUCUCUCGUCUGCCGUAUCGUUCUCUCGUGUGCGGUAUCGUUCUCUCGUGUGCCGUAUCGUUCUCUCGUCUGCCGUAUCAUUCUCUCGUGUGCCGUAUCUUUCUCUCUUGUGCCGUAUCGUUCUCUCGUGUGCCGUAUCGUUCUCUCGUCUGCCGUAUCGUUCUCUCGUGUGCCGUAUCGUUAUCUCGUGUGCCGUAUCGUUCUCUCGUCUGCCGUAUCUUUCUCUCGUGUGCCGUAUCGUUCUCUCGUGUGCUGUAUCGUUCUCUCGUCUGUCCUAUCGUUCUCUCGUGUGCCGUAUCGUUAUCUCCUGUGCCGUAUCGUUCUCUUAUCUGCCGUAUCUUUCUCUCGUGUGCCGUAUCGUUCUCUCGUGUGCCGUAUCGUUCUCUUGUCUGCCGUAUCGUUCUCUCGUGUGCCGUAUCGUUCUCUCGUCUGCCGUAUCGUUCUCUCGUCUGCCGUAUCUUUCUCUCGUGUGCCGUAUCGUUCUCUCGUGUGCCGUAUCGUUCUCUCGUCUGCCGUAUCUUUCUCUCGUGUGCCGUAUCGUUCUCUCGUGUGCCGUAUCGUUCUCUCGUCUGCCGUAUCGUUUUCUCGUCUGCCGUAUCGUUCUCUCGUGUGCCGUAUCGUUCUCUCGUCUGCCGUAUCGUUCUCUCGUCUGCCGUAUCUUUCUCUGGUGUGCCGUAUUGUUCUCUCGUGUGCCGUAUCGUUCUCUCGUCUGCCGUAUCGUUCUCUCGUGUGCCGUAUCGUUCUCUCGUGUGCCGUAUCGUUCUCUCGUCUGCCGUAUCGUUCUCUCGUGUGCCGUAUCGUUCUCUAGUCUGCCGUAUCGUUCUCUCGUGUGCCGUAUCGUUCUCUCGUGUGCCGUAUCGUUCUCUCGUCUGUCGUAUCGUUCUCUCGUGUGCCGUAUCGUUAUCUCGUGUGCCGUAUCGUUCUCUCAUCUGCCGUAUCUUUCUCUCGUGUGCCGUAUCGUUCUCUCGUGUGCCGUAUCGUUCUCUCGUCUGCCGUAUCAUUCUCUCGUGUGCCGUAUCGUUCUCUCGUCUGCCGUAUCGUUCUCUCGUGUGCCGUAUUGUUCUCUUGUGUGCCGUAUCGUUCUCUCGUCUGCCGUAUUGUUCUCUCGUCUGCCGUAUCGUUCUCUCGUGUGCCGUAUUCUUCUCUCGUGUGCCGUAUCAUUCUCUCGUGUGCCGUAUCGUUCUCUCAUGUGCCGUAUCUUUCUCUCGUGUGCCGUAUCUUUCCUCACAUCACACUGUCACCUGCCCCCCUUGCCUUCCCUGCCUGCAAACCUUCCCCUGCCAUCCUUCACUGUACUGCCUCCCUCCUUACCAGCUACAGAUACACAAGGUGAUUGAGUCAACUCAAAAGUCACCAUCCUUCACUCACAGUCUCCCUCCCUACCCCAGCUACAUCGACACGUCAUCCACCUCCCUCCCUCACUGCGCCUCCCUCCCUCACUGCACCUCCCUCCCUCACUGCACCUCCCUCCCUCACUGCACCUCCCUCCCUCACUGCACCUCCCUCCCUCACUACACUGCAAUCCCUUUCCCCAUCGCGAUGAGCGCCGAGUGGAGCAUCGUGGGCCAUCCACCGCCGCUGCUGGGGGCAGAUCACUGCAGUUUUGGAGCGCCGUGUGAGGCGCCGUGUGGAGCGCCGAAUGGAGUGCCGUGGGCCAUCCACCGCCGCUGGAGCGCCGAGUGGAGCGCCGUGAGGUACAGCAUCGCGAUGAGCGCCGCCGCUGCUGGGGCAGAUCACUGCAGUUUUGGAGCGCCGAGUGGGGCGCCGUGUAAGGCGCCGUGUGGAGCGCCGAGUGGGGCGCCGUGGGCCAUCCACCGCCGCUGGAGCGCCGAGUGGAGCGCCGUGAGGUACAGCAUCGCAAUGAGUGCCGCCGCUGCUGGGGGCGCCGAUUGGAGCGCCGUGGGCCUUCCACGGCCGCUGCUGGAGGCAGAUCACUGCACUUUUGAGAACACCCAAUGCAGUUGGGGGUAG